UGUGCACACAAUGGUAGUGUAAACUUGAGCUCCUUAUAGAGUCAGACACGUCUCCUCAGCGCUUCACAAGCUAUGACAGGAGUAUUUGACAGAAGGAUUCCAAGUAUCAAACCUGCAGAUUUUCAGAACGCUUUUCAGCUUUCAACCAUGCAUCAUCCGUCUCAGGAAUCUCCAACUCUGCCCGAGUCAACAACCACGGAUUCUGGCUACUACAGCCCUGCCGGAGGAGUUCAUCAUGGUUAUUGUUCUCCGAACUCGAGUUCAUACGGGAAACCUCUUAAUACCUAUCCGUACCAAUACCACGGAGUCAAUGGAUCUGCUGGAAAUUACUCUGCAAAAUCUUACCCUGACUACAGCUCAUACACCGGCUCUGCGUAUCAUCAAUAUGCCGGAACGUACAGCAGAGUGCAAUCACAACCGAGUCCGCAAGAAAAAGAGACAGUCGAGCCCGAAGUAAGAAUGGUAAAUGGAAAACCCAAAAAAGUCCGAAAGCCCCGCACAAUUUAUUCCAGUUUUCAGCUUGCUGCCUUGCAGAGACGGUUUCAGAAUACACAGUACCUUGCCCUUCCAGAGAGAGCAGAACUGGCUGCGUCUUUGGGACUCACACAGACACAAGUGAAAAUAUGGUUUCAGAACAAACGAUCGAAACUGAAGAAGAUAAUGAAAAACGGAGAGUUACCUCCAGAGCACAGCCCCAGCUCCAGCGACCCGAUGGCGUGUAACUCGCCUCAGUCUCCAGCAGUGUGGGACUCGCAAGGUUCUUCGAGACCUCACCACCAGCCCCAAAAUAUCAACACAGCGACCUCCACAUUUUUGGAAAACACCAAUUCUUGGUAUUCCUCUUCCGCUUCUAAUUCUCAUCUUCAAGCUCCCAACUCGUUACAGCAUGCCUUGGCUCUCGGAUCAGGAACGUUGUACUGAAACUUGUCUAAUACUUUGUUGUAUUGGACUGAUGUUAACAUUUUCUGAAGAAUAUGCAAUGUAUUGAUUUGACAGUCAUAGAAAACGUGUAUAAUGUGUAAAUGUGUGCAUGUAAUUUAUUGCAUUUGGAAGACUUAUUAAAUGUUUUACAUGGACGUUGGACCCCCAACACUCUCAAUGGUGCCUUGAAUUUAAAUUGAAACGCUUGUGCAUCCCUGGAUGUGCCAUAUCAUUAAGGGCAACGUACAAUAAAUAUAGGCAU